AUGUCAGUAGCAGUCGUCGAUCUGAAUAAUGAUAACAAACCCGAUAUUAUUACUGCAAAUCAGGGUGGGAAUAGCGUCAGUAUUCUUCUCAACGCUGGCAACGGCACCUUCCAUGCUGCAACGAAUUUAACAGGUGGUGGCAAUCCAUGGUCAGUAGCAGCGGUCGAUGUGAAUAGCGACAGUAAACCCGAUAUUGUUAUUGCAAACUUUGGCGGUGACACCGUCGGUGUUUUUCUCAACACAGGUAGCGGCGCCUUUGGUGCUCAAUCUACUUACACAGUUGGUACUCAACCAUAUAGAGUAGCAGUCGUCGAUGUGAAUAGCGACAGUAAACCCGAUAUUAUUGUUGCAAACUAUGGUUCGAGCAGCGUCGGUGUUCUUCUCAACACAGGUAGCGGCAGCUUUGGUGCUCAAAAUAUUUACACAGUUGGCACUUACCCAAAUUCCAUAGCAGUCGUCGAUGUGAACAGCGACAAUAAACCCGAUAUUAUUGUUUUAAGUGGUGGCAACGUCGGUGUUCUUCUCAACACAGGCAGUGGCGCCUUUUAUUCUCAAACUACUUACACAGCCAGUAGCCCAGGUUCAGUAGCAGUCGUCGAUGUGAAUAACGACACUAAACCCGAUAUUGUUGUUAUAAACGGUGGCACGUUUACGGUCGGUGUUCUUUUCAACACAGGUAGCGGCACAUUUAAUCCACAAAUUACUUACGGAGGUUUUAGCGGCCCAAAUACAGUAGCAGUCGUCGAUGUGAAUAAUGAUAAUCAACCCGAUAUUGUUGUUUCAAACCAGAAUUCGGGUACCGUCAGUGUUCUUCUCAACACAGGCAGCGGCACCUUUAAUGCUGGUCAAGCUACUUACGCAGUUGGUGAUCAACCAUAUUCAGUAGCAGUCGUCGAUGUGAAUAGUGAUAACAAACCCGAUAUUGUUGUCGUAAACUAUAAUGAUUACACCGUCAGUGUUCUCAUGCAUUGUUAA